GACUGCAUACAGCGAGAGGAGGCAGACAAGAGGAGAACGACGAGCCCCAAACUCAACUUCUGCUGCUGAACCGCUGUAAAACGAAUUAAUAUGCUGAAAUAACCGACUGCCGAUCAUUUUCGACGAGGCUGCGUGGACCGUACGAACUUCAGAAUAGCCCAAAAAAAAGUUUCCGAGUAGUCCACGGUGAGAGGAAACUUUAGCCACAGAGCUUCACACUCCCACGUCUCCAAACUAGCUAUGGCGCUCAGCGCGAGAGCUUUAUAUGACUUCGUCUCUGAAAACCCAGGGGAGAUAUCCGUGGUGGAAAACGAACUUUUAACGCUGUUCAGCGAAGACGUUGUCGACGGCUGGCUGGAAGGAACCAACAGCAGGGGUGAGUCAGGACUCUUCCCAGCAUCCUAUGUGGAGAUACUUAGUAGUGAUAAAGGGCUGUCAGUACAAGGCAAUGGAGAGGCAUAUCAUUCUAGCUAUGCUGCUGGAACUGAGUAUUCCUAUCAAAGAAGUGCUCAACAAGGGGAUACGUCCACUGAAUCAACCCCUACGCGGGGUUAUCCUACUUAUUCCUAUCACUCCACCAGCCAAGGCAGUGAUGAAGACUGGGACGAUGACUGGGACGAAGGUCCGGCUGCUGCAAACCAGCCAGGUGGGGUGCCAGGCAAAGGUGGCAGUGCCCUAGCGUCCUCCUCCUCCUCUGCCUAUCCUGCUUCACCUCGACGAGGAAGCACCCAGCAAUCCAGGAGCUCAGCCACGGUGGGCAGGAACCUCAAUCGGUUCUCCACGUUUGUCAAAUCUGGUGGAGAAGCAUUUGUUCUGGGUGAAGCGUCUGGGAUUGUGAGAGAGGAGGACAAAAUAUGCGUAGUGAUGGGCCAGUUUGGGCCAGAGUGGCAGGAGAAUCCUCGUCCGUUCACAUGCAGCAUUGACGACCCCACCAAGCAGACCAAGUUCAAAGGGAUGAAGAGCUAUAUGUCAUACGGACUAACCCCCAGCCACACGCAAAUCCAGGUGAACAGGCGCUACAAGCACUUUGACUGGCUGUACGCGAGGCUGGUAGAAAGGUUCCCCGUAAUUUCGGUGCCCCAUCUGCCCGAGAAGCAGGCCACCGGCCGCUUUGAGGAGGACUUCAUCUCCAAGCGCAGGAAGGGCUUGAUAUGGUGGAUGAAUCACAUGACGACUCACCCCGUGCUGUCCCGCUGUGAUGUCUUCCAGCACUUUCUGACCUGUAGCAGCAACGACGAGAAAGCGUGGAAGCAGGGCAAGCGAAAGGCUGAAAGAGACUGCUUGGUGGGCGCCAACUUCUUCCUCACAAUCAUACCACCAGCCAUCCCUCUUGACCUGCAGGAUGUUGAGAGCAAGGUGGACGGCUUCAAAACGUUUGCCAAGAAAAUGGACGAAAGCCUGGCGCAGGUCAACGUCACCCUGGGCGAGUUCGCCAGAAAGCAAGUGACUGGAUUCAGGAAGGAGUAUCAGAGAGUUGGGCAGGCCUUCCAGCUUCUCGGUCAGGCGUUUGAAUUGGACCAGCAGGAGUAUUCCCUCAAGCUGAACCAGGCGAUGGCCUUCACCGCGCAGGCCUACGAGGCUGUUGGGGACUACUUUGUGGACCAGCCCCGUCAGGACUUGGAGCCGGUGUCAGAUCUUUUAGCCAUUUAUCAAGGACAUCUGGCAAACUUUCCCGACAUCAUCCACGUUCAGAAAGGAGCCCUGACCAAAGCGAAGGAGAGCCAGCGUCACGCCGAUGAGAAGGACGGAUCUGCUGGGAUUAAUGAACGCUGCAACAUCAUCUCUUGCGCCACACUGGCCGAGAUGCAGCACUUCCACCGAACGCGUGUGCGGGACUUUAAAGCUCAGAUGCAGCACUACCUCCAGCAACAAAUCGCAUUCUACCAGCGGAUCACAGGCAAGCUGGAGGAGGCCCUGCACAUGUACGAUCAAGCUUAACAGGAAAAAAAUCAGCUGGAUCAGCUCCAAUAUACAGGCAUCCUGAUCAAGUCUCAACAAAUAUAUAGUAGGUUCAACACAUGACAGAACAGUCACAAUGUUUUUCAAUGGAAUUAUUGAAGAAUAGAAUAGUCAAUACUCAAAAUUGGAUGGCUUGCAUUCUUAAUGAGUGUACAUCAUUUCUACAUGAAAAACAUACACUCACUGUCCAUUUUAUCAGGUCCCAUAUACAGUACUGUGCCCCACUCUUCAUUUAUUUGCAGUCGAAACAGUCAUUAACUACAAGUUAUCCAUUUUUAGGAGAUGUUUAUGGUGAGAUUACAUGGAAGACUAGAUUGAGUUUCCAAAACUGGGAUUUGAGAAAUGAUCCAAUGGUACAGAAUGAGAUCAGAUAAACAGUACUUUCAUGUCCUCCCACUGUGAGAAGACAGCUCAGCACUUCUGGGUCUGAAAGGAUGUGUAGCUGUCAAGAAGCUCUUACUAAGAAAAUGGACUGUCCACUGCAGAGUCCAGACCUCAACAUCACUGAAUGUGAAGAUAAUAAACUUCUAAGACUGAACUUUGGAGGUGUGGAAAAAACAUCCCUGUAGAUUUCUUUGAGAAACUGAAAGUGAGUCUCCUGAAAACAAUGGAAGCUGUAAUGAAGAGUGCAAACAGUAAAUACUGAAAAACUCACUAUUGUAUUUUGCUGCCGAGGCUUCCGUGUCACUUUGUUGAAUAUGUACUGCCUUUGUUCCUGUCACUGAACAGUGAAUAAUUAUAUGCCCAUUUUGACUGGAACUUGAAUGAAGGGUGGUCUCUGUCUCUGUAUGGUAAGUGGACCUGAUGAAAUGGACAGUGAGUGUUGAUGCAUGGUAGUACUUUUCCAGUGAGUGUAAAUCACAUCACCACCACUAAGUGUUUCAGUCUAAUUACAAUUAGCAACAACCAUGUUGAGGCCGGGACGGUGGCACAGUGGAUAGCGCUGUCGUCUCACAGUGAGAAGGGUUCCAAUUCCCCAGCUGGGCGACCAGGGUCCUUUCUGUGUGGAGUUUGCAUGUUCUUCCUGUGUCUGCAUGGGUUUCCUCCUACAGUCAUGCAGUCAAGACAAUUGGAGAAACUAAAAUUACCCCUAGGUGUGCAGGUUGUUUCCUGCUUUCCACCCAGUGAGCACUGGCAUAGGCUCGAGCAACCCCCGUGUCCCAUAAGCGGCUUAGAAUAUAAAUAAAUAAAUGAACAACUGUUGAUGUAAUCUAUUUUUGCAGUGUAGAAAUGAUGUAUGAGUUUGAUUGAAGAAAGUUCAGUGCAUUGCUGUUCCUUUUUAUGGAACUUGAGUAGGUUUUAGCUUCAGAUUUAUAGUCAGUUUCUGUUCUGCUGAAGCCAACUAAAAGUAUAACCCCCAAGUGUACAUGUGCAAUUGAACCAGCGUUUGUCAGGUCACUGAAGGACUUAUUAUCAGCAUAAAGCCCAUAACCCAUUUCCUGAUAACCCUGUACCUUUAUUGCCUGGCCUGUUUUCUUCUCCUUGUGCUUUUGGCUUGGACUUUAACCAGCUGACACUUUGGACAUGAUUUGCCAAGUACAGGCGUUUUUGUGCCUUUUCUUUCAAUUACCAUCUCGUUUCGUGAGGCAUUUUAAUACAGAUCUAUAUUUAUGAA